AUGACUGGCGGCGGCAAAUCUGGCGGCAAAGCCUCUGGCUCCAAGAACGCGCAAUCGCGUUCCUCUAAGGCCGGUUUGGCAUUCCCUGUUGGUCGUGUUCACCGUCUUCUUCGAAAGGGUAACUACGCUCAGCGUGUUGGUGCUGGUGCUCCCGUCUAUCUGGCUGCCGUCCUCGAAUAUCUCGCUGCCGAAAUUCUUGAGCUGGCCGGUAACGCUGCCCGCGACAACAAGAAGACCCGUAUCAUUCCUCGUCACUUGCAGUUGGCUAUCCGAAACGAUGAGGAGUUGAAUAAGCUGUUGGGUCAUGUUACCAUUGCCCAGGGUGGUGUUCUGCCCAAUAUCCACCAGAACCUCUUGCCGAAGAAGACUGGCAGCAAGAGUGGCAAGAACGCGAGCCAGGAGCUGUAA